CUACUUCCUCAUUCUGAUUCUGCACGGCAUCCUCAGAGGCUGAGCAUCGCAGGCAGAGAGCUUUGCAGCUUAACAACCCAGGGGUUUUGUUUCUGAACAGUAUCCUGAGAACUGUAUCUGAAGAAAAAUAAAACACAGCUUAAACUUACUGCUUUCAAGCUUCUGGAGUAAUCAAGUUUUCAGGAAACUGUUCCUGGGAUCAUCAGAGUGCAUAGCCCAGUGGCGCUGCAUCUAUGACUGGGAAGUUUCUGUUUCUUUAAGCAGUCCUCCUCAGGGCUUGGAGAACAAGGGCGCUGUCUUGGACCCCUGAGGGGAAGGGAACAACUUUGAAGCUUGGACAUGAGUAGACAAGUAACUCAACCUAAAUCAAUCAAAGACUGGACCAAAGAAGACGUAAAAAACUGGAUAACUGAAGACCUUAACAUUGAUGAGAAAUAUGCUCAAAUCCUGCUUGAUGAAGAGGUGACAGGCAUGGUCCUGCAAGAACUAACUGAAGUGGAUCUUAGAGAAAUGGGCUUGCCACGGGGUCCAGCACUUCUGAUAAGACGUAUGUAUAACAAACUAAUUAGUUCCCCUGAAAGUAAUCAAGAUUCCAGACAAUUAAAUGAUAAAAAACUCUCUACAAAAGAACACCAAAAAAAGACUAACAAUGAGGAAGAAAAUUCAGUUUUAUUCAACCGUGAUCUUGGUCUCAGAGAGACAGGGCAGAAUGAAGAACAAGAACCAAGUCUUACUAAAGAAAACAUGUUAGGUGAUGAAGUGACUAAAGACACAGAAGGUGAUAAGCUCAAACCAGAACAGAUGUCUUGCAUGCCAUACCCUUUUGAUUCUUUCCAUGACGUCAAACAAUACAUAGAACAUUCUAUUCUACGAGUUGCUGAGACAGGGCCACUCAAUCUGAUUGACCCAGUGCAUGAAUUCAAAGCCUUCACAAACAUAGAGCAAGCCACACAAGAGGACAUAAAGAUGAAAUUUAGCAAUGAGACGUUCCGAUUUGCAGCAGCUUGUAUGAAUUCACGCACCAAUGGUACUAUCCAUUUUGGAGUAAUGGACAAACCACAUGGAGAAAUUGUUGGUGUGCACAUCACCAGUAAAGAUGUCUUUAUUAACCAUUUCAACAUAAUGAUCACAAAGUAUUUUGAAGACAGUGUAAUCAGAGAAGCCAGGGCAUGUAUUCGGGAACCAAGGUUUGUGGAAGUCCUUUUGCAGAACAAUACACAAUCUAAUAGAUUUGUGAUUGAGGUAGAUGUUAUUCCCAAACAUUCUUUAUGUCAAGACAAGUAUUUCUACACUAUGAUGCAAAGUUACACAGGUACAACAUGGAAACAAAACAAAGAUACAUCAUUGUUUGUGAGACAAGGAGCUAGCUCCAGGGAUAUCCUGAGCAAUCCCAAACAAAGGGAUAGAGAGUUCAAAAAAUUUCUAGAGGAUUUAAAGACAUGGACAGCAUCUAGAAAAGCAGCUGAAGAAGAAGAACUUAGGAUGAUAGCUAAGAAAGAGAGUGAAGGACUAAAACUGUCUAAACUUUUGACCCGAAACCAAGGCUCACUUGAUAAAUCUUACUAUGAUUGGUACAUUCUUGUAACAAAUACCUGUGCACCAACUCAAGUAGAGCACUUAGAUUUUAUAAAGGAAAUUAAAUUAUUUACUGUGCUAGAUUUUGAUCCUUACUCUCAUAUCAAGGGGGUGGUCAAAGCUUACAGAGAAAGCAGAGUAGCAAACCUUCAUUUACCCAGUCACUAUGAGGAAAAAACUACCAUAGAAGAGAAAAUUUCUACUCUGAAACUUUAUGAGCAGCCAAGUUGGAUCUUCUGCAAUGGCAGAGUAGACUUGUCAUGUCAACCUCUAGAGCCACAUCUAUGGCAGAGAGAUAGAGCUUCUGGAGUUAGAAGACUUAUUUCAUUCCUCACAGAUGAAAAUGUAAUAGUAAAAGGGAAGGUUUUGGUGGUUUUUCUCCUACUUUCUCCAGUAGAAAACCAAAAAGAUCCACUCCUUGAGACUUUCUGUGCUUUCUAUCAAGUUUUCAAUGGAAUGGACAAUAUGUUGUGUAUCUGUGUAAACUCAGCUAUCUACCAACAGUGGAGUGAUCUACUACAAGUAAGACUGGAAAUCAAGGAUGAGUUAGCAAAACAUAGCAUUUCCACUUUAAACAUAGAACUGAUCAACAAUACCAUCCUCAAAUUGAAAUCAGUGAUUCAGUCUUCAAGGAGAUUUUUGCCUUCCUGUGGCUCCUCUUCAGUUAUUCUUGAGAAAAUGGAUGAAGAUAUCAUGAGUGCACUGGAAAUCCUCUGUGAAAAUGAGUGUAGAGACACAGACAUAGAGAAAGAUGAAUCUCAAUUCUUAGAAUUUAAGAAAUCACGAGAAGAACACUUUUAUCGAGGAGGCAGAGUAUCCUGGUGGAACUUUUAUUUUUCUUCUGAAAACUACUCUUCAGCUUUUGUAAAACGGGAUAAUUUUGAAGAGCUAACAACUUUAAUACAACAGUGUGCAGACUCUCCUAAACCACUGUUUGCCAAAGUCAUCAACCUGUACCAUCACCCAGGCUGUGGAGGUACUACAUUGGCUAUGCAUGUUCUCUGGGACUUAAAGCAGAAGUUCCGGUGUGCUGUCUUGAAAAACAAAGCAACUGAUUUUGUAGAGAUUGGAGAACAAGUAAGCAAGCUGAUCAGCUACAAGGCUACCAGCCACCAGGAUUACAUUCCUGUUCUUCUCCUUGUGGAUGACUUCGAAGAACAACAGAACACCUACAUUCUGCAGAAUGCCAUCAAUUCCUUUAUAGCAGACAAGGGUCUGAGAUAUGAAAAGACAUUAGUAAUAAUCCUGAACUGCAUGAGAUCUCAGAAUCCAGAUGAAAGUGCAAAACUAGCUGAUAGCAUUUCCCUAAAAUAUCAACUUUCUCCCAAAGAAAAAAGGGCCUUUGAGGCCAAACUACAGGAAAUUGAAAAGGAGUAUAAGAACUGUGAAAACUUUUAUUCCUUCAUGAUCUUGAAAGACAAUUUUGACACAACUUACAUAAAGAAUGUAGUGAAGAAUACACUGAAGGACCUGGAUGCUCACAGCAGGAAAGCCCAGCUCAUUUCUUACCUGGCGUUACUCAACUCUUAUGUUACAGACUCUACCAUUUCAGUAUCACAGUGUGAAAUAUUUUUGGGAAUCACUUAUACCAUCAAACAUGGGAAACCUGAAACUAUAGAAGACAACAUGGGAACCUAUUCCACACUUCUAAUAAGAACAGAAGUUUUAGAUUAUGGGAGGUACGCUGGUAUACGUAUCAUUCACCCUCUAAUUGCCAUGCACUGUUUAAAAGAACUGGAAAUGAGCUACAGAAUGGAUAAGUGUCAGAUUGUACUGAAUAUGCUGGAAGAGAACAUAUUCUAUGAUUCUGGAAUAGGAAGAGACAAAUUUAAGCAUGAUGUACAAACUCUCUUGCUUACAAGACAACGCAAGGAGCAUGGAGGCGAAACAGACACUCUGUUUUCCCCGUUCAUUGAAGAAUUGCAGAAUGAGCAAACCGAAAAGGUCUUGACUGCAGGAAGUGAUCGAUUCCCACAAAAUGCAUUCAUUUGUCAAGCUUUAGCAAGACACUUCUAUCUUAAAGAGAAGAACUUUAGCACUGCUCUGGUCUGGGCAAAUCUGGCCAAAAGGAAAGCACCUAAGAAUUCCUAUAUUUCAGAUACCCUUGGUCAAGUUUAUAAAAGUGAGAUCCGACAGUGGCUGGGUAAAAAUAACACAUGUAGAAGUAUUAGUGUGGAUGAUCUAGCACAUUUCCUAGAAGUUGCUGAAAAGGCUUCAAAAGCCUUCAAAGAUUCUCAGGAACAAACUGAUAGUAAAGACUAUGAAACUGAUGCAUGGUCACCACGGAAGUCCCAAAGAAGAUAUGACACAUAUAACACAGCCGGCUUCUUCGGGGAAAUCGAAGUAGGUCUUGACAUUAUUCAACUUCUUCAGCUCACACCCCUAUUUCAUAAAGAAAAUGAAAUGUCAAAAGAAUCUAUGGCACAGUUUUUGUCUGGAAAGGGGACCAUCCCUUCAGACCCAAAAGGUGAAUAUUGUGUUGUACUCAACAAAUUUACAUCCCUCCUACAGAAUUUACAGUCAGAUUUGAAAAGAUGCUUUGAUUUUUUUUUGGAUUAUAUGGGUCUUCUGAAACCAAGGAACACUCCCAAAGAAUUGACAGAACUCUUGCUUAGUAAGAAAGUCAGCCGCUGUUUCAAGAAAUAUGCAGACCUUUUCUGUCAUUUGGAUACCAACUUGUUACAGGGCAAAGAAGAUCUGUUACUCCAAGAGGAGAACUGUAGGAAGCGCAUAAAAGCUUGGCGAGCAGACACAUUUUCAGGACUCCUUGAAUAUCUUAACCCAAACCACAAAGAAGCUACCAACAUGGAAAAAAUAGUGGAAAACUAUACCUUACUGUUAAAGCAUAUCCUAAACAAGCAGGUGCCAAAGGCACUGACAAAGGAAACACAAAAUUUCAUUUUGGCCAACAUUAUUCUCAGUUGUCUAAAGCCCACUUCCAAGUAUAUCUUGCCAUUUAGCACACUGAAGCAAAAGCUCAGAGAGGUCUUACAGAUUGUGGGACUAACUCAUCCAUAUCCUGAUCCUUAUUUCCUGGCCUGCCUCCUAUUCUGGCCAGAAAACAAAGAGCUUGAUCAGGAUUCCACCCUAAUAGAAAAGUAUGUCUCAUCCUUGAAUCGAUCCUUCAGGAGACAGUACAAACACAUGUGCAGGUCCAGGCAGCCAAGCACACUCUUCUACCUGGGGCAGAAGAAGGGUCUCAAUGGUCUUGUUCACAAGGCUGAAAUUGAGCGCUACUUCAGUGAAGUGCAAGAUUCAAAUUCCUUCUGGCAGAGUGGAGUAGUGUGGGAAAAAGGAGAGGUCAAAGGCCUCCUACGCCUGCUCGAUGGCCAGGCUGAAGGCAAACUAAUCUCACUAGAAUAUGGAACAGAGGCAAAAAUAAAAAUACCAGUGACCUCUGUGUAUUCAGGUCCACUCAGAAGUGGAAGGAACAUAGAGCGAGUGUCCUUCUACCUAGGAUUUUCCAUUGAGGGCCCUCUGGCAUAUGGCAUAAAAGUAAUCUAAGGCAGUAUAUUAGUUCAACAGUGUUAAUUUGCAUGCAUUAUUGUACUUACUCUUUCUAGCCCACAGAAUGCAUUUUUUGCUUAGUUAUAAUCAUACUGUUUGCUUCUUUUUCUUUGAAUCAGUUAUGGGAAACUUUGUAGGACAGGAAAUAUGUCCAUACCACAGAGCUUGGCCCACAGUAGCAUCAGUCAUUCCAUAUCCUCAACUUGCAUUCCUAAACAUACAUAUUUGGUUAAGACAUUUCAUUUGGUUUUUAUGAGUCAUGCUCUAUCUGCUCAAUAAAAAUUUGUUGCAAAUUAAA